AUGGUCUUAAUCAACAUUGUACAAGCGUUUCUUGCGUUUCUUGUUGGAUAUAUCUACACCAUUGUUGCCAUCAAGGCGUCGCCGUUUGAUGUGUUUAUUCACAAUGGCAAACAGGGUAUUCGUCUUUUGAAAUUAGUGUUCCUUAUUUCCAUAUGCUCGAGCUUGGCAUCUCCAAUUGGCUAUAAAUCGCUUACACAUUUAGACUACUUGGCCUAUCUUUUGGCCAAGUCUUGCAAAUUGAUUCCCGUAAUGUUUGUUCAUUUCAUUAUAUACAGAACACAAUUUCCUUUCUACAAGUACGUUGUAGCCGGGCUGGUAACCCUAGGAGUCACAAUUUUCACUUUUGCUCAUACCAAAGAAAAAAAUAAGCUCAACGAUGGUAAUACAUUGUUGGGCUUGGUUUAUCUAAUUGGGAGCAUGCUUCUUGAUGGGUUGACCAACUCGACACAAGAUCAGAUAUUCAAGAUUUCGUUGAAGAAGGAAAAGAAGUUUACCAGCGCAAACCUAAUGUGUACUUUAAACCUAUUUGUCUUUUUAUUAACAGCAGGGUAUACGUUUAUGUUUCAAUUUGAUGAAAUUAAAAGCAGCUGGAGCUUUGCCAACAAGUAUCCAGAGUUAUUCUACGAUAUAAUUGUAUUCGCUGGCUGCGGAGCUAUAGGGCAGGUAUUCAUCUUUAUCAUACUAGAGAAAUUCGACUCUAUAGUACUCAUCACAGCAACUGUUACGAGAAAAAUGCUAAUGAUGUGCUUUAUCGUGCCUAAAUAUAUUGCGACUAGUCUCGAGGUAUUCAUUCAAUAUUUAAUUCAGAUUUUCUUGUAUUGCUUGUGUAUAUACACAUACUACAAAGUCAUAUAUGUUGGUCCAGGUUCGCCUUUGGACUAUCCUCAAUUGAGGGGGCUGAAUUCGGUUUUGGCUACUGAAAAUCCAUAUAAACAAACCUCUGUACUAGAUAAGCAACCGCCAGAGUUCAUGACGAUACAUACUUUAAAAGUGGGUGGAACUCAAGGUUUUAGAUAUUGCAACAAGUGUGAUUGCUGGAAACCCGAUCGUACACACCACUGCUCCAGUUCUGGUAAGUGUAUUUUGAAAAUGGAUCAUUACUGUCCAUGGUUCUUUGUUUCCCAGGCGUACCAAGACCAGUACAUCUCCAUCAACUUGAUAGUACUAUGCGCAUUAUCCGCGACAUUUGCCCUCUCGGUGACUGUAUUUGCGUGUUUCUCACUAUAUCUAGCCUCAAGAAACUUGACUACUAUUGAGUUUCAAGAACAGAGGUGGAAUUAUAGAGGAAUUAACAGAAACAAUUACGAGUUUGACUGUAAUGGGAAACAGAAAAAAUUGGCCAAUAUUUUCGAUUUAGGCCUUGGAGAGAAUUUGAAGCUGACUUUGGGGACAAGUUGGAAAACAUGGUUAUUCCCUAUUGAUAUAAACAAGAAGGUGGCUGAUAAAGGAUUUAAUAAUGGAAUCAAUUUCAGAGUAAAUGAAGAAGUUUACCAAAAAUGGUGCAACAACACAGCUUUACAAAACCAAUUGAAUGCGCAAUUGAGGGAUUAUUCCAAUAGGUUAAGAAGGGAAAGAGAUCCUAUCAUAAUGGAGGUGUAG